CCCUCAUUAGUCCUUCCUGAUUGCCAAAAUUAAUCUGAUACUCAUCUAAAAAUUGACAAAAAGCCGACAUUAAUCGAAUCCCCUUUCUGCAUCUUCUCCCCUGCCUGCCUCUCCCAUUCUCAUUCACUAGUUAUUAUCGUCUCGAUUCCGCCAAUCCAAUUCUUCUGUACUUGCAUCGAAUCUUGGGAGCUAUCCAUCUUCCUCUUUGGCCUGCGGCCUCGGAGGCAUAGCUCAGCAAACCACUCUCUUAUUUUGGAUUUUUCUCUCUCGCCGCCGAGCCGGGACUUGUUUGUUUUUGUCGUUUUACUAGGGUUUAUUCUUCUUCCUCCUCCCUAUCGAGCUUGGUUAAGCAUCAGCAGCCAUGGCGGCUCAGGGAACAGGAGGGAGGGGAGGCAGGGUUGUCGGGGACUACAUGGUGGGUCGGCAAAUCGGGUCGGGUUCUUUCUCUGUGGUCUGGCUUGCUAGGCACCGGGUGCAUGGCACAGAAGUGGCGAUAAAGGAGAUUGUCACGGGUAGACUUAAUAAGAAGCUGCAGGACAGUCUCAUGUCGGAGAUCUUCAUCUUGAAGCGGAUUAAUCAUCCUAACAUAAUUUGCCUUCACGACAUUAUCGAGGUUCCCGGUAGGAUACACAUUGUAUUGGAAUACUGCAGAGGGGGCGAUCUAUCUAUGUAUAUCCAACGCCAUGGAAGAGUGCCAGAAGCACUUGCUAAGCAUUUUAUGCAACAAUUAGCUGCUGGCCUGCAACUUCUCCGUGAUAAUAAUCUCAUACAUAGGGAUUUAAAACCACAGAAUCUCCUGCUGUCCACCAAUGACAACAAUGCCAUACUAAAAAUUGCAGAUUUUGGGUUUGCUAGAUCUCUUCAACCAAGAGGCGUUGCUGAAACGUUGUGCGGUUCACCACUUUACAUGGCUCCAGAAAUAAUGCAACUUCAGAAGUAUGAUGCCAAGGCAGAUCUCUGGAGUGUUGGUGCCAUCUUGUUCCAACUUGUGACUGGGAAAACCCCAUUCACUGGGAGCAACCAAAUGCAGUUACUCCAGAAUAUCAUGAAAUCGACUGAAUUGCAAUUUCCACCAGAAGUUAAGUUGAGUGCUGAGUGCAGAGACUUAUGCCACAGAUUGCUGCGUCGAAAUCCAGUGGAACGGUUGACAUUUGAGGAGUUCUUUAACCACCCAUUUCUUUCUCAGAGGAGAGCUGAUGAACCAUUGAGGGCUCAGAGGCCUUCAAGAUUUGCAGAUGGCUUCUCGUCGUCUGAAACUAAUGCCAUUGGAAGAGGCAGUUCUCAGGAGGAUUGUCUGCCAUUUUUUCUGGACGAUGAUUCUAGUGGUCCUGAUAGGAGUCCUUCUUUCUCUACUAGGAAGCCAUCCAUCAAGACCACUUAUGGAUUUUCUCUUGAUGCUAGAAAUGAUGGAAGGGAUGCGACAUCUAAUGCCUUACAUGAUGUAGAUAUUAUAGCAUCAAGACAUGUCUCAGUCAGACACCAGUCUGGAAAUUCAAUAGCUAGGCCCACUAUCAAUAAACUUUUGGAUGAAAAUCAAAGUGAAACUCCAAAGACUACAGCGUCAAAGCCAGUGAGCAUCAUCAGACCGAGAGUCAUGGAUUCUCUAGAGUCAAUUGAUCAAGAUUAUGUUUUGGUUUCUGGACCACCUUUGGAUGUGUCUUCUUCUUUGGCUGGCAAUUCCAAACCUAGCCAAAUACCUUUUAGGUCUGAGAGUGCCCCUCUAACAUCUGUUCAUUUAGUACCAACAACAAGUGCUCCUGUCCCUAUAGUUGUUCCUAGCAAUCCCACUAGGCUUGCCUGCAAUGCAAGCAUCGAUAGUCCAGGCUCUGCUCCUGGCACUUCUCAAGGAUCUACUGAUAUAGGAGACGCUCUAGAGCAGCCAUCACCUGACUGCACGACCAGGAUAAAGUCUUUGAAGCAGUGCGCAUCAACCAUAACAGAACUUGUCCAAGAAAAGGUAUGAUGUUCUACCUGUCCUCUUAUCAUGGGUCUGUUAGGCUCCGUUUAAUUGAACCAUUAUGAGAUCACUUGGAGAAGUUGUCGGCUGGAGCAUAUAUUAGAAAUGGAAGUGUGAAAAACUUAUUGAAAUAGAUACUAUUUUAGAGUAGAUUACAUUAUUGAAGUACGUGAGUGGUGUGGAAUAACUUGGCCCCUGAAGCUUUGAGUUAUAGAAGAGAAACGGGCUGAAUUGAAAAUGCAGAACCAAGAAAGUAAAUAAUGGUCCAUAUCAUCUUAAAAUUUGAUCUUAAAGGCAGAGGUUAGAAGUUGGUUAUUUAAUCAACUGAUGACAACUGACUGCAAUCUAGUGGAGAUGGUCUAUGAAAAUCAGUAGACCCUACAGUGAGUUCUGAAAUCAAUGAGGUCUUUUCCUAGAAGCGUAGUACUGCUUUCUGAUCAGCACUUUGUGGUUGAAAAGAUCGAAGGGGGCAGACAUUUGGAAGCAUUCUCAAUUCAGCUUGUCAUACUUGCAAUUUGGAAGCAAGCCCUGCAUAUAUGCCAUGCUCAGGCUGCUUCAGCCAUUGAAGGAAGUCCAAGCCAGGAAAGCAUAAGAUUGAUGAGGAGAAGCAACAGUAAGAUUAAACAUGGUACAUCAGAGAUGGAAUGUUGUUCUGAUGAUAUUGGGCCAGAGACAAUCACCACUCAAAUUGAGAGAGAAUUUCUCCGGGAGGUUGAGCAUGCUGAGGAACUUGCCAAUGCUAUUGAACCUGGCAGGAAGUAUAGAGAUGCCAGAUGCGCUGGAGACGAUUUUCCAGUCUGCCUUGGCUCUAGGAAGAAAUGGAGGGGUAGAUGAGCUAAUGGGAGACAUGGAAAGCGCAAGUUUGUUGUAUUCGAAAGCAGUGAGGUUGCUUGAGUUCCUUCUAGUUGAAGCACCUUCUCUCAUUCUGAACCCUCCAUUUUCACUCACAAACUCGGACCGGUUCAGGCUUCGCAGUUACAUCGACAUCCUCAACAAUAGGCAGGGAUACUCUCGUUCUCAAAGGAUGGCCCUUCUGAAGUGCGAUUCGGACCAGCCGUCAUAGAUUAACAACAAAAAGUAGUUCACCCGGCCUCCUCUAUCGGGACAGAUCCCUGUUCUUUACCAUAUGUAAAUUCUUUGUUUGUACAGCCAGCCAUUAUUCUUUUCAGGUGGAUUCAGCACAAGUCUGGAUUCUGUCGAUUCCGCAGGAGGAGGGUGUUGUAAUAUAUGCAUACAAACACUGAUUUGUGAAAGCGUGUGAUGAUGAAGAAAAAAAGCAAGAUGUGAGAGAGAUAGAGAGAGAGAGAGAAAAAAAGAAAAGAAAAGAAGGAAGGACUUGCAGAUGGAAGAUUAUUUGUGGUGUGUGGAAAGUAUGAACCUUGGGGCUCUUUAGUAAAAUGUCCGUCAAGAGUAGCUGGGUAGUUCCCAUUCCCAUGUGAAGAAUUGUGAAUGUGAACACAGUACCUUAGUCCGAGGAAUUGAUUGCAUCGCGUUUGAAAGGUUUUCAUUUCACAGUUAUAAUCUUUGGCAUGCGGUCGUUUGGAUGGAUCAAAGUGAUGAGUUAAUUAUGAAUGAGGCAAUUGAAAUUGCUUCAUUAUGGGUCAAUGUCAAUUACUUGGGUGGGAGGGAGGUAAUCUACGUUGCUCCAUUUUGUGGGUCACUUUUCCCAAUCUUACCCCUUUUAUUUACUUUCUUUUUUCUUUCUUCCUUUCCCAAGAUGGAGAAGGGUAAAAGAAUGAGGGCAAAUAUGUAUUUUCAUAAAAUAUCUCAU